AUGUGGCUUGUGGAACUUAUCAGUUUUCUUUUCGCAGGACUAGGUGCUUUUUGCGCCUUCGGACCAUACCAUGACGACCGGACUUGGAACCUCAUCCGCAACAGCGCCAACUUUCACGUCAUCACUAUGCCAUCCCAGGAGCCAACGCAUUUUGGUCUCUAUGCUCUCGGCGAAGCCAAGCCCACGAAGACCGCCCCGGUGAUCCUCUUCGUGCCGGGGCAUGGUGGGUCGUGGAAGCAGGGCAUCAACCUAUGCGCAUACUUGGCCAAAGAGGAUCCUGUCCACUUUUACACGCUGGAUUUCCAUGCGUCUGCCUCAGCCCUUCAUUGGUCUGUGUUGUCAGCUCAAGCAGCCUUCACCAAAGCUGCGAUUCAACGGCUUGGGCAACUGCACACAGGCCCCAAGCUGGUGCUCGGCCAUUCCAUGGGCGGCCUAGUGGCUGUGGAAGCUUUGCGGAGAUUGUCACAAGUUGAGCGGCCAGUGGAUGGCCUCUUCUUGAUCUCGACUCCUUUGGAGUCACAUCCUUUGCUGCUGGAUCCGCGUUUUGCGAUCGAGGCCUCUAACCUCUCAUGCUCCAUCGUCUCAGUGUCAGGCGGUGCGACGGAUCCCUUGGUGCCCAUGAAGACCACCAGGUUGAGGAAUGCGCACUUCAUUCCACUGCCAGCGGCGCGGGAUGUCUACUCAUCCUUCAGCCACGUGAACCUCCUCUUCUCGCGACACAGCCUUCAUUUCUUGUCCCGGAUCCUCCGCACUGGACCAUCUGAGGGACCCUGGUCCAAUCUCCUGGGCCGCCCCACAGCAGCAACCCGAGUGAGCGCUCCUGCGCAGGAGAAUGCCAGCUUUGUUGAGCCUGGGGCGGCGGUGCCCUUUGACAGGCUGGCCAAAGUGCAGCUGUUUCGUCCAAUGACUGGAGGGAUUUUUAGCUUCCUGCUCAUGGAGGAGCCGCAAGCAAUCCAACGCCACCCUGAGCGUACCUCACGUGGUGAGACCUUCGAUGCCACGGAUGUGCUGAAUUGCAGCGAAACAGCUGUAUCUUGGCAAGAUCAGGAAGCAGGCUGGUACCAAGUGCCAGUGAUCGAGAUGCAGUUUCCUGCGAAGGUCUGCCUGUACCAGCUGCGAGAAACGGCCCUGGUGGCGCUCCUUCGGCCCAAGAGAAAAAAACGUCUCAGACGAACAGCUUGGGCCCAUUGGCAUGCAGACCCUUUGCAGGAUCAGGCAGCCCUACCCUGUGGCUCGAGAUCUGCGAUGGGUGCUCUCGGGUCAUGGCUGCAGAUGCUGUUUCAACCACUUCACUGUGAGCUUCCUGCUGGCCGUGCCUUGGUCACACGGAUGGUACUGCCGCUGCCACAGCUGCCAAUGUUGCCUGUGGAUCUACGGAUUGUGAAGGUCUCCCCUUCAGAAGCCACAUUUGGUUGGCAGCCUCCUUUGGUCCUGACAAUGGCGCACCCAGAAGUCAGGGUGGCCGCCCUACGCUUGGAGGUGGAUCAGUCGGAGCCGCCUUCCCAGUGGGCUUCAGAGUCGCGCGAUGCCAGAGAGGUCUUCGCGCCCCGCAGUACGGAGCUUUCAGAGGACUUUUCCAUCUUUGUAAUCGGCCACCCGAGCCUUACAGUGACCAUAGAGGUGCAGAGCAAUGCCUACUCCAUGCUGGCGGAGUGGAUGCGUACUCAGAGAUUCCAUGCCUGGCUCGGGGCAUGUUCUUGCCUGAGUGCUGCAGACCUCGUCGGUGCCAGGUGGGCCCAGUGGACCUUCCUGGCAGCCUGGCUCAUCACUACUCUGCUUUUGGAGCCUAUCUUCGAGGGCCCAUCUGAAAUGCUGCCCUCGCUUCGGGUCUUCAACAGCUUUCUGGCAGUGGGGCUGGCCUUACUGUCCAGACGAUGCGCAAAGGUCGUCUCGCGGUGUCGGCGCUGGGGGAGCCAGCCUCGCCAAGGAGCAUGGCGGCAAGCUAUCCUUGUCUUCGUAGCUUUGAUGCUUUUAGCCUCUAUUCAACCGGCAGGCUGUGUGCUUUUGCUGGCCAUUGCAAGUGCAUACAAUGCUGAUCCCAAGGCACCUGGCUUGGCGUCUGUACUCCUGGGGCCCUACUUGCUGUGUCACUUGCCGUCGAUCAUUCUGGCUGUUUGGUUGUUGCUGGGGCAGCAGAGAGAAGCCUCGGCACCCCACCUGCAGCGGUCCUUUGACAAAGCCUUCCAGAGCUCUCAGCAUGUGGCCUCCUUGUGGGCUGACUCGUGGAUUUUGGAGGGCCGCGCAGAUCUCCAUCCAGGGUUUCGACCGGCCCUUGGCCUCCUUUGUCCUGCAGCAGCCUUGUCUUGCUGCAUGGCAGGUCGAGGCGCUGUGAGUUCGGUCGGCUUUGCAGCGCUAAUGCUAAUGAUAUCGGUGGCGGUGACCAUUUAUGCCGCAACUUCUUCCAGCCGUUUGUGGUGGGCAUGCCAGCCGGUCUUAGCAGCGCAUUUGGUGCCACUCAUUCUGCCUCGGACCCAGGCCAAAGAUGAAUGA